GCUGCUGCUGCUACCGCCGCCGUUACCGCCGCCGCCGCCGGUCGGGCGAUGCCGAAGCCGCCGUUACUGCUGCGGGGGAGCCGCCCCGGGGACAGCGAGCUGGGGCGGCAGUUCCGGGACUGGUGCCUGCGCACCUACGGGGACUCGGCCAAAACCAAGACGGUGACCCGGAGCAAGUACCAGCGCAUCGCCGAGGUGCUGCAGGGGGGAACCGGCUCCGGCGGCGGCUCCGGCGGGGGGGAGAAAGGCAAGUUCCAGUUCUGGGUCCGGUCCAAGGGCUUCCGCCUGGGAAACGGCACCAGGGAGGCGACGAAGAUGGGUCAAGUGGUGGUAUAUGUGCCGGUGAAAACGGGAACGGGGGCAGAUGGACUGUCGGAGCCCGAGGGCAUCUCUCUGAAACGCGUGGCUGUGGUGGAAGAUUUCUUUGACAUCAUCUACUCGAUGCAUGUGGAAAGCUCGUCGGAGCCGGGCAAAGCACCCAAACAUGCCGGGCAGAAGAAAACCUACCGAGCGAUUGCAGAGACCUAUGCUUUCCUCCCGAGAGAGGCUGUGACCAGGUUCCUGAUGAGUUGCACUGAGUGCCAGAAGAGGAUGCAUUUCAACUCCAACGGCCUGGAGCCCAAAGAGAGCGAGCCACCUUCCUCCUUGGUUUCUGGGAUCAUUGACUACAACAUGCCCCUCACCUCCACCUACCUGAAGCAGAUGAAGCUGCGGGUGAUGAAUUCCCAGGAGCAGGAUGAGACGUCGGUGAGCAGCGAGGACUUUGAUAUGAACGACUCCACAUGGAUCUCAGCUGACCAGCACCUGAACUCCAGCCUGAGCCCCAGCCAGGACGAGAGCAUGCGCAGCCCGCAGAACCUGCACAGCCACGAGGACGAUGACUCCUCGUCAGAGAGCUGCAGCGGGAAUGGCUCCUCCACCCUGAACCCCUCCACCUCCAGCAGCACGCAGGGCGACAGCGCCUUCCCCGAAAUGAACGGCAAUGGCACCGCAGCCCCCAUGGACUUCACUGCCUCUGCUGAGGACCAGCCCAUCAACCUCUGUGACAAGCUCACCCCUGCCCACAUCACCCCCUCCUACCAGUCUGACAGCUGCAGUGCCGACGGGUUGCGCAGCAGGGUCAAGUACGGGGUGAAGACCACAGCAGAGUCCCCGCCGUACAGCUCUGGCAGCUAUGACUCCAUCAAGACAGAGGUGAGCGGCUGCCCCGAGGACCUGACUGUCGGCAGGGCCCCCACAGCUGAUGAAGAUGAUGAUGACCAUGAUGACCAUGAAGACAAUGAUAAGAUCAAUGACUCGGAGGGGAUGGACCCAGAGAGGCUAAAGGCCUUCAAUAUGUUCGUGCGCCUUUUUGUGGACGAGAACCUGGACAGGAUGGUUCCCAUCUCCAAGCAGCCCAAGGAGAAGAUCCAGGCCAUCAUCGAGUCCUGCAGCCGGCAGUUCCCCGAGUUCCAGGAGCGGGCGCGCAAGCGCAUCCGCACCUACCUCAAGUCCUGCCGCCGCAUGAAGAAGAACGGGAUGGAGAUGACCAGGCCCACGCCGCCCCACCUGACCUCAGCCAUGGCAGAGAACAUCCUGGCCGCCGCCUGUGAGAGCGAAACGCGGAAAGCAGCCAAGAGGAUGCGGCUGGAGAUCUACCAGACCUCGCAGGACGAACCGAUCGCCCUAGACAAGCAGCACUCCAGAGACUCCACAGCCAUCACCCACUCCUCCUACUCACUGCCAGCUUCAUCUUACUCCCAAGACCCAGUCUACAUCAAUGGAAGCCUGAACUACAGCUACCGUGGCUACGGGUCCCUGGGGGGCAGCCUGCAGCCCCCCACAUCCCUCCAGACGGGCAACCACAGUAAUGGUCCGACGGAUCUCAGCAUGAAAGGUGGGGCCUCCAGCACAGCUGCGUCCAACAGCACCAGCCGGGGCAUGCAGGCGGCGCAGCUCAGCCCCACGGAGAUCAGCGCCGUGCGGCAGCUCAUCGCCGGCUACCGGGAGUCGGCGGCGUUCCUGCUCCGCUCUGCAGACGAACUGGAAAACCUCAUUUUACAGCAGAACUGACUCCCCGUGUCCUCAUCGCUCCUCGGUCGACGAGACAAUUUGUACCUGCUAGAGAGAGGCUCCCAGCGGUGUCCUGCUCAGGACCAGCAUCGUCCUCCCGCCGCGUGGUGGGCACACGUAGUUUUAGAAGGUGGGAUCCUAAAGACCUGUUUUCUUUUACACUCCAAGCACCUGGGACUUCAGGCACAAGGACAUGUUUUGGAACCGUACCAACAGCCGUGCCUCCAGCCGACCAGAAGCCAACCCUGCAGCUUGGAAGGAUGUGGGACUUUGAAGGGCAGAAGGGAGCCUGGGGAGGUUUGGGGCUGCAGAUGUAUUUAGAAUAACCUUUGUGGACCCAAAUGUUAGAUUCCCAUCCCUGGAUAAUUUCCAAGUCUUAGGUGAGCUGAAUCACAUAUUUAUUGAGAAAUGGACCCUCCUCUCCCCUUAGUAAUUUAUUUUUCUGAAAAUGGAUUCUUUUGAGUUUGUACAGAUUGCCAGUUUUUUGUCUGUCUGAUCAGAAGGAAUUUAUUCCUGUGAAAUAACACAUUCCAUAUCACUACACUACUAAUUUCCAGGCAGCUCUGCCUGUUUCUCUGGUGAACCCUUGUCCCACAGGGAGCAAGUUUGCCAUCCAGCCCUUGACAUCGAGGCUGCUCAGCCUCCAGUGAGCGUAGGUGGGAGCUGAACAGCAGCGCAAGCGUCCUGCUUAGGCCUUUGUUCUAAGAGGUCCCGUAGCAGCAGUGGGGUCUGAACCUCCCGCAGAGACUCGGCAAGCUCAGCAGACCUCCGGCUGGAAGGACAUCUCACACUCAUUAAACUCAUUGCAGAUAAGAGAAGGAAGGAAGAAAGGAAGGAGAUACCUGAGAAACACUGUCUUGCGGUCACCAUCCGUACUCUACCUCACACUCCAUUGUGGGCUUCUUCCAGGACUGGCAGCGCCGGUGCUGGGGGUCAGCGGGUGCUGCAGACAUGGGGAUCGUGCCGAGGAGGCUGGAACCUCCGGCUGGGUCCGGCUGCGCCCGGCCGUGCUCCGCUCCGUCUGCAGCCAGCGCCGGGGAGCGCGGGGCCGAACCGCCCGGUGCCGCGGGUGUGAGGCUGGGCAGCCCCAGGGCUCAGCCCAGAGCUCAGCUGGAGUGGUGACCGCCCGCUUCUAGGCAGCAUUGAGCAGCAGAACUGACAAAGUCCUCUCCGGGGCCCAGGAUCCUUCCCCCUCCCUGCUCACAGUCCUGGAACAAGCCCACGGUUCCCAAAGUGUGGAAGAACCGUAGUCCAAUGACCAUUCUGCCCUGUUUCCACCCCCCCACGACGAUGCACUUCGUUUUGCUCAGUGCAAUACCUACUGCCAGUGCUGCUAACCCAGGAACCUCGCUCCGGCCAGGGGUGCUGAGCCCAGCCCAGCCUUGCAACGUGCUCUGGAGCUGUGCAGAGACCAGCGAGGGUCCCGCUGCUCCCUGUCCCCCGCAGCCCCCCCAACCUGGCUGAAGUCCACACCAUGAGAUAGAAAUCUGAUAAGUGUAAAGCUGUUUUGUAGGUAGGAACUUUCUUGGUUUGGAGUCAGUUUUUAUCUUAUUUUUUGGCCACUUGGAGCCAGCGGCCGGGGGCUGCAGCUCCAGGGGUCAAUGCUGGUGGCACAGGCUUGAGCAGCCGCUGGUCCGGCCAGGAGUGGGCCCGGGCAGUUCCCCUGUACCCUCUGUACCCUAUGAUGAUCCACACACUGGAAGAAAAAUAAAACUUUACCCUGCUGUUAGUCUCAGAACAGAAAAAGCUGCUGGCUCCUGAGGCAAGGUGUGCCUGGCCCCACAGCAGAAGGGAUCAACAUUGCAUUGACUGUUUUCCCCAAACCUUAAACUUUCCGUAGCAUUUGGAGAAAAGGGACCCAGCCCCUCGCCGCGGGGUGCAGCUGAGGGAUCAGUGCAGAGACAAGGUGAUGGUGGCUCUUAGACCUGACCCGAUGCUGGAGCCUGGAGCAUCGUGGCCACCCCCAUCCCCUCCUGCCGAGCGUGGGGAGGGUGCCCUGGGCACGCCAGCCCCCAGCCAGGGCUCAGACUCAACGCUUUCCCCAGCACUUCAGAAGCCUGCUUGGUUUGUCCACUGCAUCCUCCCAUACUUGGAAUUUAUGUAAAUAUUUAUUUUUGUGUGAAUACCAUGAAGUAACAAACCUUUGACAAAAUCUGUAACUGCAGCCAUUUGUGAAAGUCUUACCGUUCAGGCAGGAGAGGCAGAGACAAUCGCUGUCCCGGGAUUCUCCCUCUCCGUGGUCCCCCAGCCACGCCGGUGCCUCCCUCCUCGGCAGAGGCAGAGGAACCUUUAGCCAUAAGUUUGCCAUCAGUUUGUACUGAAACAGAGGUAACCCGGGGGCACAUGGACAGACCACCAACAGCCACAGUUGGGUUAAGUUUUAUUUAUCCAAGUCAUUCCUGAUCACCUCUGAACCUGUCUCGGCACACGUGGAAGUUCAGGAGCUCUCACUCGUGGUCAAACUGCUGUAGAGGACACCGAGGCCGCGUCGUGAGGAGGGUGCCCAACACCACCCUGUCCCAGCACCUGAUUCAUACCUGCAGCUGAAUGGUACAGACUCAGAUUCCCAAAGCCCUGGUGACAGCCACAUCUGGGACAAGUUUUAAAACAAACGGGAUUGACUCCGAAUUUCUGUCAGGGAUCUUUUUAUUUUUCUUUCCCCUUCUUUUUUUUUUCUCUUCUUUUUUUUUUUUUAAUUUUUUUUUUUGGUGAGCCACAGCGUUCUGGUUCCUUUGGCAUGAGCUCCACAGACAUCUCCAUGCUCUGCAGCUGCUCCGUGCUCCACCGUGGCUCUCCCUGUGCUCCAGGACUGUUCACAGCCACAUUCCUGCGCUCUCACUGGGCAGGACGGGGUCAGGAAUUGCUAGUCCAGGUUCUCAUCAAGAAGGAACGAGCAGGAGCAGAAUACACCGGCUUUCCAGAUAUCUGAGAGGUGGAAGGAGAAUGCUGGGUUAGCAAAUGGUCUGGAUGGUCUUGGGUUUGGUUAAGAAAAGCUGAUCACUGGUCGAAAAAAAGAGAUUUUUUUUUUUUUUUUUUUAAA